AUGGCAGACAUCAACGAGCCCCACUUUCGCCUCUUCCUCGCAUGUCUCCUCUCCUCAUCCUACAACUUCAACCCCCGCGGCACCGAAGAUGUCUCCCACGCACUGUGGGCUGACGUCUUCUAUGAUUUGACCAAGGGCCAAACACGACUUUUCGCCACUCCCCAGUUCCUAAUCUACAAGAGUGGUGGAGGCAGGCGCCGGAAACGUGGAAAGAAGAAGGUUCCUGGUCUCGGAGAAGGUUCAUACGGCGCAGAUAUUUCAGAUGUGCUAGAGGGGCUCGACGGUGCCCUAGACCCAAACGUGUCGAAGGAGACCAUUCCCGAUAGCACUGCUCGAGGUGUUGUCGUCGACUUUUGCACUCUCCUUCUCCAGUUCAAAUGGGAACAGCGCCCCUCGAGGACAGUCACCCCUCCGGCAGAUCAUUUUACCAAGGCGUCCAUCACCAUCGUCCUCGUUCCUGUGCUCACCGAGCUGAAGCGACAAGCGACCCGGAGCGCCCUUACCAUUUUGGUGUUCCUUCGCGACCUCGCUGCAAAGCUUGGAAAAGCCCAGGCUCAGGCUUACGACCAAGCACAUUGUCUAUUCUCUUCCCCCAGAUUUGCGACUCAAAACCGGGUGUUGUUGAUUGCGGGAUGUGGUGAUUGGUGGACAUGGAGGGUGGUCUAUAGAGAAGACUUUCUACGUCGCUUCAACAAGGAAUCAUACGACCACGCGCGGAGGGUGGAGGAGGUGUCGCUUCCCUCGUCGGAGGAGGAGGAUGCAGAUGAGUCGGACACUGAUUCCCUUUUCGAGCCUUUUGAAACGGACAAAAUGCAAUCGAAGCGAGAGGAAUCGGGAUCGAAGGCAAAGUCUAACGAAGAGUCGGGAGACGACGACGAUGUCGGUGACGUUGCCGAUGAUGAAGCAGACACCAAGCAGAAAAGGAAGAAGGCGACGAAAAACUCUGGCCAGACCCUUGCUAGGCUUUUCCGUCGGUGUGGUCGUCAGGAGAGCCAGUUGACCGCCGAGGAGACAAUUCAGCGACUCAAUUCUCUCUGCGAUAAGCUGGGGAAGCAGAGGGUCUACAGCACCAAGGACGUCCGUGUCGCUCUCGCCCUUACAUCGAAACUCGCACUACUUGGUCAAAGACACUACUUCACGAUAGAGGCAGCUUUGGGCACGAUGCCGGAGACCCCUCCUAAAGCCAUAGAGGCCAACUUCCAUCACUCACAAUGGUCAGGUGUCAUGCGCCUAGGUACUCCUGUUUCCGAUCAGACCCUUGAACUCAUCAAGAAAGAUUUGCCUUCUCCCGAUAUUUGGAAACAGGGACACCCCUCUACCUCAAGCUCUUAG